UUAAUAGUCGUAGUAGUAGUAAACUAGUAAUAAUACGUACUAUCAUUUAUUAUUAUAAGGUUUUCAUAAAAAAAAAAUUGUUAACAUUAUAACGUGUGGAAGCAUCCAUUUUAACAUCCCUCCAUUAUAGGGCAUCUAAUAUGAAAUUCUAACAAUACAAACUACAUUUACUUUUUUUUUUUAAAAAAAAAAAGUAGUAAUCAUGGACCUAAAAUGCCAUGGAUAGCCCUAUAAAAAACCCUCAAAUUCCCCCCAUUCCCCACAACUCCAUUCUUCAACACUACCACUCUCUUUCUCUCUCCUUUUCUUCCCCAAUUCACCAUUUUCUCUCUCCUCAAACUCCACUUUUCUUCAGACCAAAACCGUUUCACAGUUAUUCUAAUCCAUUUUCUCUCUCCUCAAAACAAUUUCAAAUUCAAUGGAGUCAUCUUCAUCUUCCUUUCAUGAAUUCGACACCAUUAAAAUGGAGAAAGAGAAAGCGAUGCGACGAUAUAGAACUUUCAAGAAGAUCGCUAACAUUGUUCGAACUGUUGAAGUUAUCAUCGCGAUUAUGUUCGUCUCAUUUUCUCUCUCCUUCACUUCUUCCUAUCUUCCUGCCGUUUUAGAAUUUUCCGGCGCUUUUUUCCGCCGGAUUUUCUCUCUCCUCCUUUGUCCUCACUUUGUAUUUCUCAUCGGAAACGUCAUUAUCAUCACUCUCUUCGCUAAGUCUUCCUCCGAGAAGAAAACCUCCGAUCAAACCGAAGAAGAAUUAUCCGAAGCAAAAAUUGAGUCCGUUAAUGUCGAAAUCGGAAUCUCCGGCGAAAGAAAUGAGUCUGAUAAUGUCGACGGCGGAAUCUCCGGCGUGACGGAGAAGAUCGUUAGCGAAGUUCCGGCGGUGGUUUCGGCGGCGGAGGAGAGAGAAUCGGAGGAGAAAGUGUAUCGAAGGACGAAAUCGACUUCGGAAAUGGUUGUUGUAAAGGAGGAGAAGAAAGAACUCCGGCGAUCAGAAACGGAAGUUCGCCGGAAAAUCGAGGAAUCGCCGGUGAUUCAUCGGAGGUUUGAAGAGGAUGAAUUGAGUAACGAAGAAUUCAACAGGAAAGUUGAAGCGUUUAUUCAGAAACAGCAGAAGUUUUUACGAGAAGAGAAAUUGGCGGUUGUUUUGAGUAAUUAAGCAUAAUUACGGUAAUUAUGAGUAAUUAAAUAAUGAUUAAUAGUGAUAAAUUGAUGAUUAUGUUAAUUACUCUCUGAGAAAGAUUAGAGAAAACAGAGGAAAAACAGAGUAUGAUAGGAAGUGUUAUGUUUUUUGACACUUUACUAUCAGAAAUUGUAGUGCGUGAUUUUUAUUUUGGAUGAAUGUACAGUUUUAGUUGAA